UUCUUCUUCCUCCUCCACCGCAACCCUUUUGAGCCAUUUACAGUGUCUAAGAAUCUCUCAACAGACAAUGGGUGCGGGGCGUGAAAUGUUAAUCUCCUUGGACAAUGUAAGGGACAAGAACAUGAUGCAGCUGAAGAAGAUCAAUACUGUACUAUUCCCAAUUCGUUACAAUGAUAAAUACUACUCUGAUGCGCUCGCCUCUGGUGAUUUCACCAAGCUAGCAUAUUAUAGUGACAUUUGUGUCGGUUCAAUUGCAUGUCGACUUGAGAAGAAGGAAGGUGGAGCUGUUUGCGUUUAUAUAAUGACUUUGGGUGUUUUAGCUCCAUAUCGUGGUCUAGGUAUUGGUACAAAACUGUUAAAUCAUGUUCUUGAUCUUAGUACAAAGCAGAAUAACAGAGAGAUUUACUUGCAUGUGCAGACAAGUAAUGAAGAUGCCAUCAACUUAUAUAAGAAAUCCGGCUUUGAGGUCACUGAUACCAUCAAAAACUAUUACACAAACAUUACCCCACCAGACUGUUAUAUCCUAGCCAAGUUUAUCUCUCAAACAAAGAAAUGA